GUUGGUUGCAUAGUUCAUGCAAUGGAUGAGUCCCGGGGUUAUGCGCAUAACUGAUGACUCAUCCAUAUGCAGCCGGCGCCGGAAGCCGUCAUUGAUGGUUUGAUGAAAAGCAGAAAAACAAAGGGGAAACUCACCGAUUGUUCACAAUCAUCUCUCGGAAACCAGAACGAAGGACUCGAAGUACAAUCGCGGCAUAAAAAGCAAUCAAAUCGUAUCCAACAGUUGACCGUCCCAUCUCCCUGACGUCAGUCAUUUCAGUGAUCAAUGGAAUCCUGCCGCAUGCCCUUGACGAACAACUAGCUCCGACAGCCCCUCGCUCGUCGAAACCACCACGGAAACCUGGAGUACGGGGACCCUUUAUAAAACAGAUUCAUGUCUCUUACGGCAUCAGCGGCCUCCGCUGCGUUGACGUUGCUUGCCGACAGGCCCGAAGACGGAAGCAAGAGGCCGUGGCGUCCCGACGAUCCGGUGAAAGAACAGCGCGAUCUGUACACGCAGUUUGUGAUUAGCUCUGCGCUGGGUCUCAGCGCCUUUUUGACGUUUUGUAUCUUGCGACCAAAAUGGACCGAGUUGUAUGCCGCGCGACGACGACAAAGAAAUGCUGCUUCGCGGUUACCUGAGCUUCCGGAUACCCUUUUCGGUUGGAUACCUGUUCUCCAUCGGAUUACAGAAGAGGAAGUGCUGCAGUCUGCCGGCCUAGAUGCAUAUGUGUUCUUGUCUUUCUUCAAGUUUGCGAUCCGAUUCCUCUUGGCUGUCUUUAUAUUCGCUGUCGCCAUCAUCCUCCCUAUGCACUACAAAUAUACCGGCCAAUAUGGAGUUCCUGGCUGGGAUAACGUCCCCGACAAUACGACCAUGAGUUCAAUUGGUGGAGGCGAAAAGGCAAAGCCAGUUACAGACCCUGCAUAUCUGUGGAUUUAUGUAUUGUUCGCAUAUGUCUUCAGCGGCUUGGCCAUCUAUAUGCUUCUUGACGAGACAAAAGUAAUCAUCCGCACUCGGCAAUCCUAUCUCGGGAAUCAAACCAGCACCACUGAUCGCACCAUUCGGUUGUCCGGGAUCCCAAGCGACUUGGGAACCGAAGAUAAGAUCAAAGAAUUUGUGGAAGGCCUGCGAGUCGGCAAAGUCGAGAGUAUCACGGUGUGCCGGAAGUGGCGUGAGCUGGACGAAUUGAUUGACGAGAGAAUGAAAGUCAUCCGUGAACUUGAGAGAGCAUGGACAAAACAUAUGGGAUACAAGCGCCCAAAGAGCGAUGGAAAUACUUUGCCACUGACCGAGCAACAACCCCGUGAUGCAGACGAUGAACGGUCCGGUCUCCUGUCUGGACACGAGAACGAGAAUGUCUCGGGUUAUUCGAAUGAAAGACCCAAAGUUCGUAUCUGGUAUGGUCCAUUCAACCUUCGUUUCCGGCUGAUCGAUGCAAUCGAUUACUACGAGGAGAAGCUACGGAAGAUUGAUGAACAUAUCCAAAACGCCCGGGAGAAGGAAUACCUUACUACCGAGAUUGCUUUCGUCACGAUGGAGUCAAUCGCCGCAUCUCAAAUGCUUGUUCAAGCAAUCCUUGAUCCACACCCAAUGCAAAUGUUCGCUCGACUUGCACCGGCGCCGGCAGAUGUUAUUUGGAAAAAUACUUACUUGUCCCGUACUCGACGAAUGGUUCAGUCAUGGUCCAUCACCUUCGUCAUUGGAUUCCUCACCGUGUUUUGGUCUGUGCUCUUGGUUCCUAUUGCCUCAUUACUGGAGCUGAAGACCCUUGAGACGAUUGUCCCCCGGCUGGCAGAGUUCCUUCAAGAGCAUCCGAUCCUCAAGUCGUUGGUUCAAACGGGAUUGCCUACCCUCGCAUUCUCGCUGUUGACAGUAGCUGUGCCUUAUUUGUAUGAGUGGCUCUCGAACAACCAAGGAAUGGUGUCACGUGGUGAUGUUGAGCUGUCCGUGAUCUCCAAGAACUUCUUCUUCUCGUUCUUCAACUUGUUCCUUCUGUUCACUGUGUUUGGAACAGCGAGUGGUUUCUAUGGUUUCUGGGAAAGUCUUCGGGAUGCAUUCAAAGAUUCUACAACGAUUGCCCUUGCACUGGCCAAUUCUCUCGAAGGCCUGGCUCCAUUCUACAUCAACCUGUUGAUUCUUCAGGGGUUGGGCCUUUUCCCCUUCCGACUCCUCGAAUUCGGAAGUGUCGCACUAUACCCCUUCCAAUUCCUGUCCGCCCGCACGCCACGGGAAUAUGCGGAGCUUUCAACGCCUCCCAAGUUCAGCUACGGUUUCUCCAUCCCGCAAACCAUCUUGAUAUUAGUUAUCUGCGUGGUUUACAGUGUGUUCCCGAGCUCAUGGCUGAUCUGCCUAUUCGGGCUAAUCUACUUCACGGUCGGCAAAUUCAUCUACAAAUACCAACUGCUGUAUGCCAUGGAUCACCAGCAACAUUCCACUGGCCGCGCAUGGCCAAUGAUUUGCAACCGCGUAUUCUUGGGGCUGUUGGUUCACCAGCUGGCCAUGAUUGGCGUUCUGGCUCUGCGCCGAGCCAUCACCCGGUCGUUACUUUUGGUGCCACUUCUAGGCUUCACCGUUUGGUUUUCAUACUGGUUUGGUCGUACAUACGAGCCCUUGAUGAAAUUUAUUGCUCUCAAGAGUAUCAAUCGAGACCAGCCGGGUGGUGGCGACAUCUCCCCCUCGCCUUCAUCGACCCUCUCACCGCCAUCAGGCCUGGAUCGCGAUCGCCUUCCGAUACGCAUUGGCGGACAGGACCUCGAAUUGCGGCUAAAGAAGUACGUCAACCCGAGCUUGAUUAUCCCGCUGCAUGCUGCCUGGCUUCCCGGUCGCAACCCCGCUCGAGACAAUGGGAAUGGCGCGUCCGCGUUCGAGGUUCAUCAGACACAGAAUGUUUGAUCUCACGGGUUGUGUGGAUUUCAAGUUCGCAUGAUCUACCCUCGUGCUGUUUGUCUAUACACUCUUUUUUUCUGCAUAUGUUUUUACCCAUCAUGUUUUACGAUCUUAAUACCUCGUUCGCAUUUCACUAUCUUGUUCUGAUAUGUUUUCAUGGUUAUGAUAUCCUUGCGUGAUAUGUUUGCUUUCCUUUUGUCGGGCUCGUCUCGUCUGUCCCUCGCUAUUAUUCCCCUCCCGCGCAGUAGUUGAAUUUUGUCAUUUGAUUUCCCAGUCCUUUCAUUUAUGUGUUUCAGUGUUUAUGUCAAAGUCGAAUGUAGAGCCCGUAUGAUACUGGCGAUCCCUGAAUUUUGUCGCUUUCUAAUAAUGUGGUCUAUCUUACCGUCAGGCAUGAGCGGCUGCCUUUCGGACUCACCAUCCAGGCUCCAACCGAGACACAUCUCGUAUCUUGGAUUCCUCGGUAAAGAUAUCGGGUUCGCUUAGGUUGACUCUUUUCUCGCAUUCCUCAGUUUCAAAUUAAGCCCGCGGGAAACGUGGCAGUGUCUGAGCACAAAGUCAAUACAUGGUCUAACCGAAGAAAGAGCGGGUGAGAAAGCUGAACCCUUAUGUUUCCUCUAGCG